CUGAUCACGCCAAGAUUGGGCUGAUUCAUCCUUUCUAAGCCACCUGAGGGUUUUGGGCAGCUGCUCUGGGAGGCAGAGGCAGGUCAAUGCUGCCCUAACAGACUUGCUUCAGAUGACCCUGCAGGGGUCUUGGGUGCCUGCUGCCUUGAGGGGAGUCACACUGGACCCCCAACUCUCAGCCCUCGGUCAGCAGUUGAGUAACUGGGCCCCAGAGGCCUUGAAGCCUUCAUAGUGAUGGCAGAGAAGCGGCCGCUGGGCACCCUGGGGCCUGUGAUGUAUGGCAAGCUGCCCCGUCUGGAGGCAGACUCCAGGCCAGGCCACAGCCUGCCCCCCUCUGCUGGAAACCAGGACCCCUGCAGCUACAAGGGAGCCUACUUCUCCUGUCCCCUGGGAGGCGCUCCUAAGGCAGGGUCUGAGCGAUUGGCAUCCUGGACCCCAUACCCACCCUUGUACCCCACCAGCGUGGCAGGACCCCCACUUCGGGCUGACAACUUAUUGACAAGCUGCCUGCUCUACCGCUCACCAGCAGAAAGCGCCGAGAAGGUGCAGGAUUCCGGCCCUGUUGAGCUCCUACCCUUCAGUCCCCAGACUCACUCCUUCCCGGGCCCGCCACUGGCGGCCCCCAAACCUGUCUACCGCAACCCUCUGUGUUACGGGCUCUCGACCUGCCUGGGAGAAGGGGCAGCAAAGAGGCCACUGGAUGUUGACUGGACACUGGUGACUGGACCCCUGAUACCCCCUGCGGAUCCACCUUGUUCUCUGACCUCAGCUCCUAGCAAAGGCCAGCCCUUGGAUGGCACCUUUUUGCGUGGGGUGCCAGCGGGGGGGUCUGGCAAAGACUCUUCAGUGAGCUUCUCCCCCUGCCAGGCAUUUCUGGAGAAGUAUCGGGCCAUCCACAGCACCAGCUUCUUGACAUCCAAGUACACGGGCCCUUACUCUGGGGAUCCCAAGCAGGCGCUGUCGGAAGUACCACCCAGUCCUUGGACCCAGCUGGCCCAACCCCUGGGGCCGGGCUGCCAGGAUGCAGUGCCCACCCACUACCCGUUGCCCCAUCCCACACAGGCCCUCCCUUGCCCCCCAGCCUGUCGCCACCCAGAGAAGCCGGGGAGCUACAGCUCAGUGCUCCCGAUGCAGCCUCUGGGAGCCCACAAGGGGCCCGGGUACCCAGCUGGUGGACUGGGCAACCCUUACCUGAGGCAGCAGGCGGCCCAGACACCUUAUAUGUCCCCAGUGGGGCUGGACACUUAUUCCUACCCGUCUGGUCCCCUCCCAGCACCCUCACCAGGCCUCAAGGUGGAGCCACCUCUUGCCCCACGCUGCCCACUGGAUUUUGUCCCCCAGACGCUGAGCUUUCCUUACGCUCGGGACGAUCUCUCUCUCUAUGGAGCAUCUCCAGGACUCAGAGGAACACCACCUUCCCAGAGCAGCGUGCAGACGGUGCCACAGCCCAGUGCCUUCCAGCAGCCAUGCCAACCUCUGCCUGCCAGCCAGCCUUGCUCAGAACCUGUGAGAUCUGCAGAGCUGCCAGUGCAAGAAGCUGAGGAGAAGCUGUGGCUGCCUGAAUACAGGAAGGAGCGGCUGCAGCCUCAGCUCAGUGAGCACCCCGGGGCACCCAUUGUCAUCCGAGACAGUCCAAUUCCUUGCACCCCUCCGGCACUCCCACCCUGUGCCCAGGAGCGCCAGCCUCUCCCACAUAAUGAGGGUGCGCUGCCCCCCAGCUCUCCUCCGAUGCCUAUCAUUGACAACGUCUUCAGCCUGGCCCCCUACCGUGACUACCUGGAUGUGCAGGCGCCUGCGGCCACAGCUGAAUCUGACCAGGCCCCUGCCAAGAGCCAUGACAAGGAUUAUGGGGGGACCCUGCCUGCUCCGGAGCCCCCGUCGAGGACACACUGCUCACUUAGAGAGGAGGUAGCACUGGACUUGAGCGUCAAGAAGCCUGUGGCAGAGACGCCUCCUCUCAAGGCCCCCAGUCCUGCAGUGCCUGCCAAGCCCACCGCAGCCGUGGAUGUGCCGGGCAUGGACAGCACCAUCCCAGACAUGCCAGGCAUGGGAAGCACAGUCUCGGACCUGCCGGGCCUGAAGACGAUGGUCACAGAAGCGCCGGGGCUCCCCGGGGUGCCAGUGACCACAGAGGCCACCCCAAGGACGAACUUCCACAGCUCCGUGGCCUUCAUGUUCCGGAAGUUUAAGAUCCUCCGGCCAGCACCCUUGCCUGCGACUGUGGUCCCAUCUGUGCCCGCCUCCGCCCCUGCCCCGCCUGUCCCUGCCCCGCCUGUCCCCACCCCCACGUCGGCACCGGUUGGACUACAGGUUCUCACGCAGCCUUUGCCUGUGACUUGCUUCAACCUGGCACUGCCCAGCCCUCCGGCUGUAGCUGUGGCCUCCCCGACCCUGGCCCCCACCGCGGCCCCGGCUCUGGCUCCAGUUGCAGCCCCCGCGAGGGCUCCUACCCCUGCCGUGACGGACUCCCCCGAGCAGCGCUUCACGGGACUGCACGCGUCCCUGUGCGACGCCAUCUCGGGCUCGGUGGCCCACUCCCCGCCCGAGAAGCUGCGGGAGUGGCUGGAGAUGGCUGGACCUUGGGGGCAGGCGGCGUGGCAGGACUGCCAGGGCGUGCAGGGGCUGCUGGGCAAGCUGCUGUCCCAGCUGCAGAGCUUCGUGUGCACGCAGCAGUGUCCCUUCCCCCACGUGGUGCGGGCCGGCGCCAUCUUCGUGCCCAUCCACCUGGUGAAGGAGCGACUCUUCCCGCGGCUGCCCCCCGGGUCGGUGGACCACGUGCUGCAGGAGCAUCGCGUGGAACUGCGGCCCACCACGCUGUCGGAGGAGCGGGCGCUGCGGGAGCGGGCCCUGCACGGCUGCACCUCCCGCAUGCUGAAGCUGCUGGCGCUGCGCCAGCUGCCCGACAUCUACCCUGACCUGCUGGGCCUGCAGUGGCGGGACUGUGUGCGCCGCCAGCUGGGUGACUUUGACAGUGAGGCUGGAUCUGUGCCCCCCUCAGAACCCACUAUGACCAGAGAAGAGCCAGCUAGCCUAGCCCUGGCUUGGAAGUCACCCGCCUCCAAGGCCAAGAAGCCCGGGAAGAAGCUACCAGUCCCUGGCUCGGAGAAAGCAGAGGUGGUUGCAGGGCGAGGGUCCUGCGAUGCCUCGCCUCCCCCUACUGCCAGGUCCAGCCCACCUGGCCCCACCCUGAAGGCCCGCUUCCGCAGCCUGCUCGAGACCGCCUGGCUCAAUGGCCUAGCACUACCCACGUGGGGCCACAAGGCGUCAGGAGCAGACCGGCCUGCACCCCGCCCACCGCUGCUGGGGGGCCAGAACCAUCACUAGUUGCUGGUGCUGCUUAGGCAGCUACUGUGGGAGUCACUCUUUGCACCCCUCCCUUCUGCCUGCCCAGCUGCCCAGAGCCGUCAGAGGAUGUGCCUUUGGAGUUUCCCCCUCUCUCGCCUUGUCCCCCUGCCCAGGCUGAGCUGAGCGCCCUUGAAGUUUGAGUUCGAUGGGCCUUCAUUAGAAGGGUCCGUUCCUGUCUCUUGGAGGACAGCAUGGGCUUCGGAGCCCUAGAGAGUCAGCUUGAAUCCUGGGUGCUGUGCUCCUUGUGUAACUGGGCAAGUCAGUUCCUCGCGAGCGCUGUCUCCAUUUGUAAAAUAGGACAACACAGCCUACCUCACAGGGUUGUC